AUGGCUGUCAAAGAGGGACUCAGGGCCUGGAAGAGAAUCUUCUGGUGGCUGAUCCUGCUUACAGUUGGCUUCUCAGGGCUGCUCCUAUAUGGGGUCCCUACAGUCAGGCACCUGGAAGUCUUCAUCCCCAUGGGCACCUGCCCUUUGGCCAGAAUGUCCCUGCUAAGAGACAACUUCACAGAUCUGCAUCUCUGGGCCCGACCUGAAGUCCUGACCUGUACAUCCUGGGGGGCCCCCAUUAUUUGGGAUGGCACUUUUGAUCCAGAUGUGGCCCAGCAAGAGGCUAAACAGCAGAACCUCACCAUUGGGCUGACUGUCUUUGCUGUAGGCAGGUACCUGGAGAAGUACCUGGCGCGCUUCCUGGAGUCGGCCGAGCAGUACUUCAUGGUGGGCCAGCGCGUGGUCUACUACGUGUUCACCGAGCGCCCGGACGCCGUGCCCCGCCCGCCGCUCGGCCCGGGCCGCCAGCUGCGCGUGGAGCGCGUGCUCCGUGAGCGGCGCUGGCAGGACGUGUCGAUGGCGCGCAUGCGCACGCUGCACGCGGCGCUGGCCGGCCGGCUGGGCCGCGAGGCGCACUUCGUGUUCUGCAUGGACGUGGACCAGCACUUCAGCGGCGCCUUCGGGCCCGAGACGCUGGCCGACUCGGUGGCGCAGAUGCACGCCUGGCACUACCACUGGCCGCGGCGGCUGCUACCCUAUGAGCGCGACGCGCGCUCGGCCGCCGCACUGGCGCCGGACGAGGGCGACUUCUACUACCACGCGGCCCUGUUCGGGGGCAAGGUGGAGGCGCUGCGCCGGCUGACGGCGCACUGCACGCGGGGCCAGCAGCAGGACCGCCUGCGCGGCCUCGAGGCGCGCUGGCACGACGAGAGCCACCUCAACAAGUACUUCUGGCUGCACAAGCCCGCCAAGGUGCUGUCGCCCGAGUUCUGCUGGAGCCCGGAAAUCGGCCCGCGAGCCGAGAUCCGCCACCCGCGCCUGCUCUGGGCGCCCAAGGAGUACGCCGUGGUGCGCGGCUAG